AUGCCCCAAAUUGGUCCAAUUGACGCAUUCAUGAACGAUAUCUGGGACCAUGGGCAUAUUGAUGUCGCUUCAACGCAACACAACGCAACGCUACUGGUGCCCGUGACUAACUCCAACUUCACCAUGAUCGAGCAGGGCCUUGAUCGAAUCGCCUAUGAUGCCGCGCCAACAGGUGAUCUGCUUGCUCAGAAAUGCCCCAGGUCCCCUUUUCACGGGCCACAUGGUACGGCCACCGACGUCUUUGGGAAGUCCGUUCGUGCAGCCGCCAGAAUUCGUCAUGUUGCGCAGAUGGUUGAUGCCUCAAGUCGAAUGACGCAUAUUGGAACUCGUUCCAAGGCAUCAUGUGUUUUCCCUUUCUACCAUGAUGGGGCAGUGUCAUCCAGAGUGAAAGCGCACGACCGAUCUCCGGCAGUCCUCCUUUGA